AUGCCUACUUCAUGGCAUCCUCCUUCAUGGAAUCUUUCUAUAUUUCGACAAUCUCUGCGUAAAAAUGCGAAUCUGGACAACGAUAUCCCGGAUUCGGAAGCUGUACACGACACCCGUCUAUCAUGGAUUGCCAGUCCUAUCAAGAAGACCGGAAUCACUUCCCGCCUCUACCGUCACUCAGACGCGACACCUAUCGAGCUAUUCUUCGACUUGUUCUUUGUCGCCAAUCUCUCCACGUUUACUGCUACCCACGAGAUCAACAAUGUGAAUGGUGUGAAUUCGUCGAAUUUCUGGCGCAAUAAACAUUCUGUUCUAAUGGUUAUCUUCUUAGCUCUGGGUGCGUAUAUUGGGUUUCUCGGGGUGAUUUGGUUUACCUGGUUGCAAGUCACAUUGUUCGACAUUCGCUUUGCACGAGACUCCGUCUUUGAAAGAAUAUGCAAAGCCUUUCAGCUGGGUGUAAUGGUUGGGUUUGCCUCGGCCGGGUCUCGCUUCACAACUCGUGUCCGCGAUGAAAAUGUUUGGGCUUUCCAGUCUCUGAGCUUGAUUCUCGCCGGAAGUCGCUCGCUGUUGGCCAUUCAGUACACGAUCAACACCUUUUUCGUCUACAAACAUAUGAAGCGUUCUGCAAGAGGGCUACUGUAUACAGCUGCUGUGCUUUGGAUGACAACGAUGUUUUACAUUGGGAUGUACUUCACUUUCCGAUGGGCCUAUAAUAUCCGCGCUAGAAUAUGGACCGUUUGGUUCGUUCUGUUUGGAGUUGAAAUGUGGACUGUGAUGGGGGUUUCUUGUCUAUUCCCCGGAAUUGGAUUCCAGGAAACCCACUUGAACGUACGAAUGGGUCUUCUCACACUCAUAAUUAUUGGAGAAGGGGUUAUUUCGAUCACUCGAAUUGUCAACAAGACGGUUCGGCCCGGGGGGUGGACCAAGUGGUCGUUUGUACACAUACUGGGUGUCACUGCCAACGUGUAUUUGUUGUGGCAAGUCUACUUUGACAUAUCCCCACGGCGAAAUCUCAGCAAACUGUCCCAACAGCUUUGGGCACAGCUUCAUUUCCCGUUCCAUGUAGCUCUCAUUCUACUUCUUGAAGGCUCACAGAUUCUAGCCUUGACACUUGAUGUGACCUUGAAGUUGAGAUAUCUGGCAGAGACCUUCUCUUUUGUAUGCGAAGAGCCGCGUCCCAGUACAGAACGAGCAGUCGAGCUCAUACGGAGCACGAUCACAGACAUGGAGAUUCCAUUUAGCCGAGGUGCCACUCAAGAAUGGACCGCCAUUUCAAGUCUACUUGAGAGUCUUGCUGAGCAGGUGCUUUGUCCGACGUCUAGCCCGAAAGUUGGGCCUAUCAGUUUGCAUUAUACUGAAGAUCUACUCAAUGAUCUAAUGGGCAACGUGACGGCUGCCCUGUUCUCCAGCAUGGAUAUAAUACCAUCAAAAAAGGUGGACAUCAGCCUCCUCGACAACCAACAGCUGCUCCAAAUGUACAUGAAAGUUCUCGCCUUCGUCUACAUAUACUUUUUCGUUGUCGCGAGCUUGUUGAUGGGACUUUUUACUGCGUUUCUGCUUCUCUCUCGACGCCAUGGACGCUGGCUAUAUCAGAUUUUAUCAGUGACUACACGGGUUGCUCUCGGCAUCUUCCUAGCCAGCCUAGUCUCGUUCGCAAGCCAUUUUCCACUCGCACAUGCAUUUAUGACUUCGCCAAUCAUAUUAUAUGCCUUCAGCUUGACUCUUCUCAUCGUGCUCUUCGUUGACCGACUUUUGGAUUGUCUAGCAUCCCGGAGAGCCGCAGCUGGCCGACAGAAGCGGAAGGUAAACAUCCAGCUCAAAAAUAUUGCUACUAGGCCGGGGAUGAUCGUCCUGGAUCCGAACCCCUCUUUGGAGAGCAAUUUCGAUCGACGCGUCUCAUCAUCUUGCGCCGAGGAAAGAGAUACCCAUAUACCUGUUCAAGGAAGCUCGCCAUCGCCGAUGGAGUCUGGUUUCCGAAUAUCAUCUAGUUGGGAGAUUUUACACACGCCCCCUUCAUUCCCACAUGAAAAUGCGAAUCGGCAUUCUGUAUGA